AUGUUGUCACAAUUGAUCAUCCAAGGUAUUAACGAUGGAACUUUUCCAAACAAAAAUUUCCAGGGAGCAGCUAUUGGAAAUGGUUUCCUAAAUGUCAAGUAUCUUCUCAACUCAAUAGUAUUGUGGAGUGCAUACCACGGUCGAAUAGGAAAUGGUAUCGAUUACAUUGGAGACAAUUCGACUUGCGGUCAACUACUUAAUCCAUUAAUUACCAAUCCGAGCCAAAUGUACCCAUACAACUACUACCAAGACUGCUAUGAUUAUGCGCUUAUCGAGUCCCCAGCUCGCCGACCUCCUGUGCGAUCGGAAGGUCAGUUCCAGGGAACGUCGUCCAUAUCGAAAAAUACUGCGACACUUAUCAACUAUAUCUCUACUGAUAAUCAGUGGGGUUAUCCAUGUUGGAAUGAAGUUGCUGUUGCCGAGUACGCGAACAGAGGAGACGUCCAGGAUGCGCUGCAUAUCCCGGAUGCUUGGAGGAAACAAGCAAACGGCACGUUUAUGUGGACGGACUGCAACGACAAAAUUUACAAAAACUAUCAUAACACGUUCAACACAACGAACGCCUUUUUCGACUAUGUCCUCAAGAACGUUAAAACGCCAAAUUUCCGCAUUCUGAUUUAUAAUGGUGAUGUGGAUACUGUAUGUAAUUACCUUGGAGACUCCUGGCAUAUGAGAGAUGUAGCGGCGGCAGCGAACUUGAAGAGUUCACCACGGCAACCGUGGUAUUUCAGCCGAAACAAUCAGCUGGCUGGUUUCAAUCAACGAUACAGUGGGCGUAGCGGUGCCGGCGCAGACGUUUCCAUUGAUGUCCUCACGGUCAAGGGUGCUGGUCAUAUGGUUCCGUUCGACCGACCUGGCCCGGCUGUACAAAUGAUUACUAAUUUCAUGUUUCCUACAAAUCAAGGUGUAGAUUACUCUUCGACGGCUAACGUGAAUCCCGAACCAGAAGGAACUGAGUUCGCUAAUGACGCUACUGUGGGUCAGGCUGGUUCACAAGUCGUCUGUGUCAAGCACAAUACUAACUAA